CCUCUCAAAGUGCUGGGAUUAAAGGCGUGAGCCACCGCGCCUGGCCCUGAGGAUUUUUAUUACUCGUGAUUGGGAGUACUGUCCCUACUUAGAUCUGACAGCUCCUUGUUGCUGGACUUCUGAGAGUUGUGGUCCCUGUUUUUCUGGUUUCCUGUUUCAGUCACACAGGAGAGACAGACCUUCCAGGACCCAAACGUCUGAGCCCCCAGUUGCUCUCUUCUGGACCCUCAGUAUUGGCCCCCAGUCCUCUCCUCCCGCUGGGACCUCCGCAUGGGGAGAAGAGGCGGAGGAGGGAGCGAACAGAUUAUCAUUGAACUACAUUUCCCGGAAAGCUAUGGGGUUGGCAGCGCUAAUCAGCUACAGAGAAAGAGACCCCAGGACAUUCUGGGAAUCGUAGUCUUAUGGCUAAAACGUCCGCUUCGUAGUUCGACAGCCGUUUCCAAGGACCGCGGUAGGGGCGGCAGCGGCUUGGGGGGCCGGAUCUAGCCCAAAGCCUGGGUCCUGGGGCAAGGAGAGGAGAGAAAGCUGAACGCUAGAGUCCGGUCCUUGACUCUGGAAGCCAGAGCAGUCAGGAGCCUUCCUCUUCGGUAGAUGCAGGGAAAGUUCUAGUCCAAAAAGGCUGCAGCCUCUGUGACGUCAUGGAGCGAUAGGCGGGGCCUCCCUUUGUUGCAGUCCAAUCAGACAGAGUUGGGUUUCUGGGUGGGGCCAAGGAACGCCCAAGGAAUAUCUAUAAGAGAAUUCGGGCCUCUACGUGAGAAGCUCGCAGCGGGUGUUUGCAGGAGUUCCCUGAGGAGAGGGGAUCCUCCGUGACUCAGACCCCCAUCGAAAAGCUCUCGAUUUCACGCAACCAACCUUACCCUCGUCCCCAACAAAAUCCUUGAUUUUAGCCCUGGGAAAAUUAGCGUAGGUGGUCAUGACCCCGGGUUCUUCUUUAAAAGCCCUCAGAACCUGGACCGGGCUCCUCAACGAACCCCAGUGUUAGAAGCCACAAGUCAGGAAUCAAGGUCGGGGAGCGGCUCUUUAGGGUGCAUCACUGUUCAGGAUGCACCGGGGCUCCUUUCUAAGCAGAAGGGUGCGCCCUGCAAAUUGGGAGCCCGUUAGUUUUGGGGAAGGGUGAACAAGGGCCCCCUGGGUCUGGAGGACCGCAUGGAGUCUUGCUUAAGUCUUAGUGCGGACCCCAGGUUUAGGAAUUCGGAAUGUGUUUUGGUUUUGAAGGACUUCCGAGUUUGACAAUAUCGUGGUUGGGUCUGUGUUAGAUGAUUUAUUGGUUUGGGCUUUGAAUCUUCAGCUUGAGGUUCAACAGGUUUUUGGGGGCUGGCGGGGGAGUGCCUCAGGGUUGCACUUAAGGGUUGGAGUUCAGGAUCACGUCAAUCUGGGGACUUGGAAAAUUCCAUAGUUUGGGAUUUUGGGAAGGGGCGCAUGGGGUUGGGAGAUUCCAGGUCCUGAGUUUGGGGACUUAUGAAUGCUUCCUGUUUAACAGUUUUUCUGAUCUCUCAAUUGGGAUGCAGUGAGAACCCUAAAUUUGGGGUCCCCUGGGUUGGGGCUGAGUUUCACACUUCGGAGGCAUUUGAUGAACGACAUAGGUCCUCUUUAUUUGGAGAUUUCCUGAAGAUCCUCUUUUCGCGGUUUGGGGACCCCAUGGGUAGGGAGCCCAGUGGGACUUCUUAAGAUGGAUUUUGGCUUUUCUCCGUUUAGCGUUCUCCUGCUCUCGGUUUGGGGUGAGAGCACCCUUCCUAACGGUCUUCAGGAACUGUGCGCGCCGGCUGCAAUGGGGCCGCAUUUUACCCUCCUGUGUGCGGCGCUGGCCGGUUGCUUGCUUCCUGCCGAGGAGUGUGUUAUAUGUGACCCGUCUGUCGUGCUGGCGCUAAAGUCCCUGGAGAAAGAUUAUCUGCCUGGCCAUCUGGACGCGAAGCAUCACAAAGCCAUGAUGCAAAGGGUAGAGAAAGCCGUGAAGGAUUUCCAGGAACUGUCGCUUAAUGAGGAUACCUAUAUGGGGGUCGUUGACGAGGCCACACUGCAAAAGGGGUCCUGGAGUUUGCUGAAGGAUCUGAAACGCAUCACAGACAGUGAUGUAAAAGGUGAUCUCUUCGUGAAGGAGCUAUUUUGGAUGUUGCACUUGCAAAAGGAAACCUUUGCCACCUAUGUUGCUCGAUUCCAAAAAGAGGCUUAUUGUCCCAACAAAUGUGGUGUGAUGUUGCAAACUCUGAUCUGGUGCAAGAACUGCAAAAAGGAGGUUCACGCUUGUCGAAAGUCCUACGAUUGCGGGGAGCGCAAUGUGGAGGUUCCUCAAAUGGAAGAUAUGAUCCUGGACUGUGAGUUAAACUGGCAUCAGGCUUCUGAAGGCCUCACUGAUUACAGCUUUUACAGGGUUUGGGGGAACAAUACGGAGACCUUGGUGUCCAAGGGGAAAGAGCCCACCCUGACCAAGUCCAUGGUGGGUCCAGAGGAUGCAGGCAGCUACCGCUGCGAGCUGGGCUCUGUGAAUUCCAGCCCAGCCACGGUCAUCAAUUUUCGCGUCACAGUGUUGCCCAAAAGGGUCGAGGAGGAAAAACCGUCCCCAAAUAUCGUAACCCCGGGGGAGGCGACCACGGAGUCGUCCAAUACCCUCCAGCCUCUGAAGCCCGAGAAAAUGCUGAAAGGCCGCCUUCUGGGGCUGCUGAUCUGGGGCUCCCUAGCACUGAUAACCGGCAUUACCUUUGCGAUAUUUUGUCGAAGGAAGGUGAUCGAUUUCAUCAAGUCCUCACUGUUUGGCCUUGGCAGUGGAGUGGCCGAGCAACCCCAGGUCCCAAAAGAAAAAGCCACAGAUUCGAGGCACCAAUAAAGAUUUAUCUUGUUG